AUGAUGGGCGGCGAGCAGCACGCAGAGUCGUACCUCGAGCUCAGCAACGUGCCGGGGUAUUUUCUACAGGACGAGGAGGCAACGGAUCCAGCCAAAUUCGACUAUACGUCUAAUUUCGGGCUCAUCGAGCGCCCCUACGGCACAGACGCCGACUUCGAUCCGGACGGGCGCCAGACGCAAUGGCAACGCUUCGAACAGCAUAUCCGCCAGCUCAACGCAGAAAGCGAUGCCACAACCUCGUAUCGGGUCUUGUUUCUUGGUCGGCAUGGCCAGGGGUACCAUAACGUCGCGGAAGACUUUUACGGAACCGAAGCAUGGGACUGCUACUGGUCUCUUCAGGAGGGAGACGAAAAGGGCACCUGGAUCGACGCCCAUUUGACCCCCCUCGGGGUCGCGCAGGCCCAAACCGCGCAUUCCGCAUGGGAAAGCCAGCUGGCGCAGGGGAUCCCGAUCCCCCAGUCCUUCUACGUCAGCCCAUUGAACCGGUGUCUCGCGACGGCGAAUGUGACUUUUUCAGGAUUGAAUGUUGGGUUUGAACCGAUCAUCAAAGAGAACAUCCGCGAGACAAUCGGCCUACACACAUGCGACAAGCGGUCGACCAAGGCCGAAAUUGCAGCCGAGUACCCGCUCUACACUUUCGAGGAAGGGUUCACGGAAACAGAUCCCCUCUGGGACGCACAAUUGCGCGAGUCGAAUUCCGCGCGCGACGCCCGCCUCCUCCAGGCUGUACGGGAGAUCGUCGCCGGGGACUCGAACAUUUUCAUCUCCUUGACGGCCCAUUCGGGCGCCAUCACUAGUAUCCUCAAGGUCACGGGCCAUCGGCCAUUUGCCCUUACCACGGGCGGGGUGAUCCCCGUCGUGGUGAUGGUGAGGAACGUACAUGGCCGAGCACCCGUGAUGGAGAUCGAACCGCCGACGACAGCACCAAAGUGUAUCGCAGAGGAGGAGGUCAAGCAGGGUGUACGCACGAGUGUGGAGAUUGUAGGAUUGGAUGUUUGA